CAUCAACAAAAUAACAGAAUAUAAUGUACAGAUAUUUGAUGCAUUUUCACUUUAUUAAUGAUACCUUCAAUCUGUUAAAAAUUCAUUUCAUUAAAAAAUAUUUUGUUAUUUUGUUCAAUCAAAAGAUUGUAGUGUAAUGGUGAAAGUGUGACACUAUGUUGAUAACAGGGUACACGGACAAGACGGGGCAGAAGCAGCAUUUAUAUACAUCACUUAUACAGGAAUGUCAACUCUCAUCUCCUGGUUCCCGUCUCUCAAAUACUUUAAGGCGUAAAAUCGAAAGUUUUUGCAAAGAGGACAGACAGGAUGUUGUUAGUAAAACAGUGGAUGGUUGUGCCCCUCUGUUCCUGGCUUGUAAGAAUGGUUCUGCAGAAGUAGUUGAAUAUCUUCUCACUAGAUGUAGUGCCCCGGUAGAGCAAAAAGGACUUUUUGAGGUUCGUGAUGAAGGUGUAAACCAUAGUGUGACCCCAUUAUGGUGUGCUGCAGUUUCUGGACGCAGCAGUGUUGUGAGAAUUCUAUUAAAGUAUGGAGCUGAUGUUAACGCUUUAUCUGACACAGGGUCAACCCCAGUCCGGUCAGCUUGCUAUAUUGUUAGACCAGGGUUAUCCUCCAGUCACAUGGAAAUAAUUCGAGCUUUAGUGGAACAUGGAGCUGAUAUUCAACUACCAAACCAUUUUGGAGGAACUUGUUUGAUCAACAGUGUGCAGUCUCCUGAACUAGUUAAAUAUCUUCUAGAUCAUGGAGCCGAUGUAAAUGCAGAUGAUGUACAGCGAAAGACAGCUCUUCAUUAUGCAGUCCAGGAACAUCGUUUAGAAACUGUUAAAAUUCUUCUAGAGUAUGGAGCGGAUCCGUAUAUAAGCUCCAAGUAUGGAGAUGAUGCACUGCAGACUGCCUGUAUCAAGGGAGCUAUUAUGGUUUUCAACUAUCUUAUCGAUAAAAUAGAUUAUCCCAUUGCCAAGGUGUGUGAUGCAUUUGAACUUCUUGGUUCCUCAUUUCUUCUUGAUCUUCAUGAUAUGGGAACUACACUCUUUCUUUGGAGAAAAGCUUUAGAAAUCCGAAAUAAUGGCGAAGUUCCCGUCCCCAAACCAUAUACAGGAAUCCAUCAUGUUCUGGGGAUCCAUGAGUUCAGCAACAGAGGAGAACUAGACAUACUUUCAUCAGAUCUAAACCAGUUGAAAGUUCAGGCUCUUCUGAUAACAGAAAGAAUUCUAGGCAGUCAUCAUAAGGACACAAUAUUUCGCUAUAUGUAUGCUGGAGCAGGAUACGCAGAUUCAAGCCAGUUCAACUCUUGUAUAGGUUUAUGGAACUAUGCCCUACAGCUCAAGAUAGAAAAAGAAACUGUGCUUAGCAGUGAUGCUUCAUUCACAAUAAGGGCAGUAAUUCAACUUUUCAUGAACAUUUACCUAAAGGAAGCAAACGAAAGCUCUAAAGAUUUACAUUUUAAAGAUGUAGCUAAUACUACAAGGUGUCUAAACACAGGACUAAAGGCUGCUCAGAGUUUGGUUCAUGUUAUUCCUCAAUUUAAAUCCCAACUAGAGAACUGGGAUCUUGUUCUGAACUCCUGGUUACAUCUAGUUUUCCUGUUGCUCAAACUUGUACAGAAUGAUGAUGAUCGGAGGGAAUUAUUCAAUAUUGUGAAAAAUGCUAAAAAUACAGGAAUAAUAUCAUCGAACGGGGAUACUCUGCUUCAUCUGGCGGUUAGUUCAACAUCAGCUGUUAGACAGAACAACUAUAUUGAAGAUGAAAACUAUUAUCUAUUUCCAAAUUAUGACGUCAUCAAAUUCCUCCUCUUCGCUGGAUUUAAUGUUCAUGCCAGAAACAAGGAUCGGGAAACUGCUUUACAUAUUUCUUCUAUGAAGGAAAAUUAUAAUCUUGCAACAGCUGAGCUGCUGCUGGAUCACGGAGCCCACGUUGAUGUCUCUGAUUGUAUGGGUCUCAUGCCUGUAGAUAUACUCAGAACACAUCCAGCUAAACUUAAUAUCGUCAAGUACAUGAGCUUGAAGUGUCUGGCCUCCCAGUCCAUCAAGAGGAACAGGAUCAACUUUAUGAACUCCCCCCUCCCUCAACCUUGUAUACAGUUUUGUGCUCUACAUAUGUGAUAUCAAUCAAUCCAAUAUUUAUUUUAUUUAACCAUAUUUAUUCAUUCAUCUAACUAGAAGCUUAAUCAAGAAGAAUUUAACACUUGUCUCAACAUAGUUGGCGUUUCUAAUUUUCAAGAAUUUAUACAUUUAUAAUAAGAUAUCCAGACCCUACACCGUAUUUCCGCGGCCCACACCCGAACUUCCUCUCUACAAGGUUCUAUAAGGUUCAGUUCUCAGGUAGUAUAAGGUCACUUAGUCAAAUGACCUUAUACUAUUUUAGAACUGAACUAUUCGGUAUUCCCUCCAUUGGGAGGUUGGCCCGCAUUUUUAAACCAGAAAUCCUUCUGAAGAAGUUCUGUUAUGGACCUAUUUAUUAUACAUUAUUUAGUAAAAUUCAAUGUAAGUAAUAUUAGAUAUUUUGUAAUUUUUGUAAUUUUGGAUAAAAUACAUAUCAAACAAUUAUGUA